GUGCGGUGACACAGCUGUGUGUACAUAACCAAGGUCAUCUUGUGCUCCCUGCGCGCUCGUAGUGUACGCUCCCCUCCCGUUGCGCGGAGAGAAAGCAGCGUGACUCCACAGCUAAUUAAUCCCAAGGAGAUGAGCUCGCUGAUCCACCUUGAACAGUCCCAGGCACAAUCCUCUGAGAAGGAUGAUGAGGAGGAGACCUUGUCCCUUUAAUCCCCGUCAUUCUCCCGAGGACGAGCGAGCAGUCAGGACGGACUGUCCCCCUGGCAGAGCCGCACCAUGCCCGGGCUGCAGGGGACAGGUCUGGUCGAGCUGCCCCAGAAGCUCCAGCACAUGCUGACCGACAAGAAGGAAGUCCAGGGGAAAGGCGUGGAUAUCUCCGAGUCCGUGGUCCAUACGGCCAUGAUGGGGCUCCUGCUCAUGACCAGCGAGCCUCCUCGUGUUCCCGUCCUCGGAUCCGGCCAUGUUGGGCUGCGGAAUUUGGGCAACACGUGUUUCCUGAACGCCGUCCUGCAGUGUCUGAGCCGCACCAAACCGCUCCGGGAUUACAUCCUGCGCCAGGAAUAUCGCCACGAGCAACACGCAAGCUGCCGGACGCCACAGGAGCUCACCGAGGCCUUUGCUGAUGUCAUCGUCUCCUUGUGGAGCCCGGAGGCUCCGGAGGCAGCAAACCCGGCCCGUCUACGAGCGGUGUUCCAGAAAUACGUCCCAUCUUUCACUGGAUACAGUCAGCAAGACGCUCAGGAAUUUCUCAAGUUCUUCAUGGACCGGAUCCACGUGGAGAUCAACAGGAAGUGCAGGAAGACUCCCAGCAUCCUCUCUGAUGCCAAGCGACCCGUGUCACAGGAGCCCCAAGACUCACUCAGUGACGAUGAGCGGGCCAAUCUGAUGUGGAAGAGAUACCUGGAGAGAGAGGACAGCAAAGUCGUUGGUGAGUUCUUCUCUAAUAUCACAAGUGUGAUUNNGUGCCAGUCGUGUGGCUACCGGUCGCCGACCUUCGAGGUGUUCUGCGAUCUCUCCCUCCCCAUCCCAAAGAAAGGUUUCAGUAGUGGGAAGGUCUCCCUGUACGACUGCUUCAGCCUGUUCACCAAGGAGGAGGAGCUAAAUUCAGAGAACGCCCCCAUCUGCGAUCGAUGCCGUCAGAGGACCAAAAGUACAAAGAAGCUCACCAUCCAACGCUUCCCCCGAAUACUCGUCCUUCACCUUAACCGGUUCUCCACCACGCGGUUUUCCAUCAAGAAGUGUUCGGUGUCUGUCGAGUUCCCCGUACACCGGCUCAACCUGAAGGAGUUCGCCAGCGAGAAGGCCGGGAGCCCCGUGUAUAACCUGUACGCCCUUUGCAACCACUCGGGCAGCGUCCACUACGGCCACUACACCGCCUACUGCAAGGACCCGUCCGGCUGGUACGCCUACAACGACUCCAGGGUGACACCCAUCAGCGAGAGCCUGGUGCAGUCCAGCGAGGCGUACGUCCUGUUUUACGAACUGGAAGACGCGUGUUCGAUGAAGUGACUGAUGGGGAGCUCCAGGGAGGU